UCCAUGGCGACCUUACCGCGAAGAUUUUGCCGAAUUGGACUGGGAAGUUCAACCGAAUCAGAUGACCAACUUUCAGACAGUUCCACUACACCAGGAACAGGAUCCGCUUUUUAUACCGUUCCAGCUGGACAAUUGCGAGCCCAAGAGGUAUUAUCCUUUGACGCUGGAGCCGCCUCCUUUGCAUUCCAUCCAUCAGCAGCCGCAGCAGCAAUCCGUGGUGAUUCCAAUGGAGCCCAGCAAACCUGGUCGAUCCAGUGGCGGUCGCUCUCUACUCAUCCAACCUCGUACUCUCAACCAAACAAUCAAGACUAAUAACAACAACCCCACCACUACCACCAAGAGCAACAAUAGCAGUCCAGCCAAAACGGCCAUCAAGGAAGAAGACAAGAUCUUUCCUUGCACUUAUCCCAACUGCAAAAAGAUUUACGCCAAGUCAUCGCAUCUUAAAGCUCAUUUGAGGAGACACACUGGCGAGAAACCCUUUGCUUGCACCUGGGCAGGGUGUGGAUGGCGUUUCUCUCGAUCUGAUGAACUGGCCCGUCACAAACGUUCUCACUCCGGCGUGAAACCGUACGGCUGUCCAGUUUGCACGAAACGAUUUUCCCGUUCGGAUCAUUUGAGCAAACAUUUGAAGGUUCACCGACGGGAACGUGGUGCUGCUGGGCAGAUGAAUCAACCCAUUCUUCCGGCUUCCACUGGAGUUCGACGUGGUAGACCCCCGGGUGCUGCUUCAUUAGCUGCUGCUGCUGCAGCAGCGGCGGCCGCAGCCGCUGCGGCUAUCGGCGGGUGUGUUCCUCCGGCUCUCAUCAACACGUACGGAAACAAUUCCAGCCACCACCUCAACAACAAUCACCAUCUCAACCAUCAAUCACACCAAGUAUACAACAGUUCUAGUAGUAAUAGUAAUAAUUUGCAUUGAUAGUUUUUUAGUUAUGAUUUCAUUUUGUGUGAAACAACUGCCAAAGAUUUUUUUUUUUUUGUUUAAUUUUUUGUUUACAUUUCGUUUUGCGAAACGAUCGAAAUUCUUGGUUAGUUAUUCCCCAUUUUCUUUCUUUGUCCUUUCUUGUCGGUACAUUUCUACAUAUUAUAGCUCGGAAGAGAGUAAGAAAAAAAAACAGAAUCGAAAUUAUUAUUGUGUGUGUCUAUUAAUGCUAGUGAAUACUAUGACCCGUAAGCCGGAAUGUUUUUUCUUUUCAAAUGUUCACCGUUUACGCGCGUCUUUUUCUACUACACCCCCACUCGAGCGAAAGUAAGUGCAACUCGCAAAUUUAAAACUUGUUGGCUGUAGGGUUAACGGUUUGAAACUUUCCAAGUUUCAAAACAUUGACAUUCAGACUCGAUUUGUUUUGUUUUUGUCCGUUUGUAAAUAGUUUUUGACUGUUACGCCAUAGAAAUUAAACAGGUGUUGUUGAUGGAUUGUAUGUCUCAUAAAAUGUUGUCGUGUUGGAUGUUGUAUGUCCCGCCCCCUCUGCUACUGGCUACACACGUGCCGUGUUUCCGUGAGUGAAUAGUCUCGUCAAAACCCUUUGGGAACUGAAAAUGAGUUGUUCCUCGUUUAAUUGUUGCAUUCUGAAUUUAAUGUACCAAGGUGCCUGUCUUGAAUACUCUUUCGAUUAACUAGUGUAUUACGUCAGUAUAACAAUUGGCAAUCAAGAAAUUGCGUCAUAAUCCAUACGUGAAUCUUUCCUUUUGUGUAAAGUUGGCGGUACAUCAAUCUUAGUUUUGGUGUAUUUCUAUAAUGCAUGUGAAUUAUCUGAUUGUGUUUAAUUUUCUGUCGAAUGAUUCCCUAACAUUUUGUAAAAUAAAAAAGUUAAACUAAA